AUGUUGUUUUUGUUACAGGUGUUACUCAUAUCGUCGUUAUGUGGAUUGGUGAGAAGUUCAGGGGUGCAUGGCGAUGGGCUAGCGCAUUUAGCACCUGUGGCGGCUAUAGGACCUGCUCCAGUAGCUGGCGCUCCAGUAGUCACAGCUGCUAGUUCACAAUACUUCCAAAGAACCUUCAACCGAUUAGUUGUACCUCAAGUGGUAGCUCCCGUUGCUCCGGUAGCUCAUGUUGCCCCCGUAGCUCCCGUGGCACCUCCACCUUUACAUCCAGUGUUCCCAGUUGCACCUGCACCAACAGUAUUUGUGCAACCUACACAAGAAGUGCCUGUCCCUGUUAACCCACAACCAACUCAACCAGCGCCAGUUAACCCCAAUGUAGCAAUAGCGGUUGCAACCGCCCACGCUGCUGCACCUGUCGCAACUAUAUUGCUACCACCCUAUCCGUUUGGAUUUCCACCGAACUUCGGCUUCAUCCCUCAAGAACAGCCAACCAAUGCACCCGAUGACAAUAACAAGGAACCGACGACUCCUCAGUCCACAACACAAACUGAGGCAACAACAACUCCAGAGCCCGAACAAACUACGCCGUUGCCAUCGAGCAGCGAUGAUAACUUUGUGCAACAAGCGCUGCCCUCUAAUGAAGACGUGAAUUUCAAUCAAUAUGGACCACCUUUACCUCCAGAGAGCACCCAAUUCCCGCCUAAUCAACAAUUCCAACCAAAUCAACCUCGUCCUCAGUUCCAACCUCAACCGCGGCCACAGUUCCAGCCACAACAACCGCAGGGCCAAUUUCCUCAACAGCAACCAAGGCCACAAUUUCAGCCUCAGCAACCUCAAGGACAGUACCCACAGCAACGACCUCAGGGACACUUCCCGCAACAGCAACCUCAAGGACAGUAUCCGCAGCAGCAACCUCAGGGACAGUUCCCGGUACAGCAACCUCAGGAACAGUACCCGCAGCAGAGACCUCAAGGACAGUACCCACAACAACAACCACGUCCUCAGUUCCAACCACAACAACCACAGUUCCCACCGCAGUUUCCACAACAAAGGCCACAAGGACAGUUUCCACAACAGAGACCACAGGGACAAUUCCCUCCACAGCAACCACACCCGCAAUAUCAACCAUUGCCACAACCACAGCAACCUCACCCACAAUACCAACCCCAGGCGCCACCACAACAUCCUCGUCCAGUGUAUCAAGCACCUCAACAACCCUGGCCUCAGCAUAAAGCCAGGCCGCAAAAGCUGAAAACCUCAGUAGAAGUCGUUAAAGUUCCGUUGGCUUACGUCAGUCCUCCACCGCUGCACAAAACCCAUGCCCACGUGAAAGUUGUGAAACACAUCUAUACGUAUGUACCGGCAACAAGCGCCAAAAUCAUUGUGAGACCUGUGAGUACAGUGAAGCGACCUGUACGUGUGGUAAAGAUAAAGAAAAUUCAUUCCCAGAAUUUGCGUGCUAAUGCUAGAGACAUAGAAGUCGCUACACCAAGCCCGUUCCCUCGGCCCAACACCAAGCCACCUAGAGUAUAA